AUGGUAAAUAUAGGACAGGGUGGUUCCUUGAGUGGGGAAAUCCAGAACAGGUGGUUUUGGAACAAUAUUAAGCGUAAAAUUGGAAACGGGAGGACCACAAAAUUCUGGGAGCAUGGGUGGACGGGCACAAGACCUCUAAAGCUUGAAUUCCCUAGACUUUUCCAACUAACUGAAAAUAAGGAGGCAACAAUUAGUGAAUUCGGAAAGUGGGAGAACGGAGGUUGGAUUUGGGAGUUGAAGUGGAGGCGGGAUCUUUUCCAGCGUGAAAUCGAGGCUUCUAACGAACUGCUCUCUUCUAUCUCUAGUGUUUCUCUUGUUGCAGGGAAUGAAGAUGGGUGGUGUUGGAGAGCAACCAAGAAUGAAACUUUCUCAACAAAAUCAGCAUAUGAACUCAUCAAAGCCACAAGGAAUCAAGAUUUGACAGCGCAUCCGAACAAGGAUUUGAUUGCCAAAGUGUGGGAUACACCCGCACCACAGAAAGCGAGAGUCACAGCAUGGAGAGCACUGAGGAAUAGACUGCCGACCUGUAACAAUCUGGUGAAGAGGAAUAUACAGCUCGGCGUCGAGGAGGUAAUGUGCAAUGCGUACUUCCAUCAAGUUGAGUCUGCAAAUCAUUGCUUCUUGACAUGCCCAAAAGCGGAGGUAAUCUGGAACAGCAUUUAUCAGUGGCUGGGCAUCACCGACGUUAGACAGCAGUGCGUCGUUGCACACCUGGAAUCUUUUGCACAUUUGGGCAGGAGUAAAAGGAGCCGGAAAUUCCUUACGACACUUUGGAUGUGCACCAUUUGGCUGAUGUGGAAGUGGCGAAAUGUGAGCAGAUUCGACAGCAACACUGGAGACACCAAAAGUAUGAUUGGGGAGCUCAAAGUUAGAAUGUGGAGUUGGAUUAAAACUUUUGGAUUGUUAGAUUAUGAUAUUAGUUUCUCCUCUUGGUUUACAGGAGAAAUUCAUAAUUUCAUUGUCUAA